AUGAAGUCUCAAGACAUUGAACAGAGACGGGAAGCUGCCCAUUCUAGUUUCCGGCCCGGCCCCGGCCCCGGCCCCACCGGCCCUGGCAAACUAUCCGGCACUUCCUCCGACAUGUGGCUGAUGGAAGCAAGAGGACAUUGGAGCCGAGCCAACCACGGAGCAGCCCACACAGUCCCAGAGUUCAUCGAAUCAUCGUCCUGCAAACCCGCUCGCUGGAAGUAG